CUUCCGCCCCGCACCGUAGACCGACAACAAGAUGGUGGAGAAGAAGCGAGAGAGCGCGGGCAGGUGGCAGGAGGGCGGUGGGCGAAGGGUCCUCGACCCGGCCACCCGACAACGUCGCCUCUGUCGCCAGCUCGACGCCCUGGAGCGCGACAACUUCCAGGACGACCCGCACGCCAACCUCCCGCAGCUCAAACGCCUGCCGCAGUUCGACGACCCUCACACCGAGGCUGCAAAGAAGAAGAAGAAAACUCGCGGGGAUCAUUUUAAGCAACGAUUCCGCAAGAAUUUCCAGUCUCUGUUGGAGGAGCAGAACCUGAGUUCAACUGAUGGGCCGAACUACCUAACGGCUUGCGUCGAUGCCUCCAAACUUCCCCAACGCCACUUCUGUGCCGUCUGCGGUUUCCCGUCCAACUACACUUGCGUCUCGUGUGGUGCCCGCUACUGCUGUAUCAAGUGCCUGGGCACGCAUCAGGAAACCAGGUGCCUGAAGUGGACAGUGUGAAGCUGCAGCCUUGCUGGCCAACAUCUGCCCAGAACUCUGUGUGUGUAUGUGUGUUUGGGUGUGUGUGUGUGUGUAUGCGUGUGUGUGUAGGUGUGUGUGUAGGUGUGUGUGUGUGUGUGUGUGUGUGUGUGUGU